AAUAUAAAUAAUAUAAAUGCAAAUAUCAAAACCUAUUAUUUAUGGAACAAUUGCAACUUGGCUCGGAAGAAAAUCAGAUGAAAAGAAAACACAUUCAUGGAUUUGCUAUGUUAGAGGAGCUCAAAAUGAAGACUUAUCUUACUUUAUUGAAAAAGUGAUAUUUGUAUUACAUAGUUCAUUUGAAAAUACAAAUAGAGGUAAAUAUAAAAUAAACAAUUUAGUUGUUUCUUAACACCCAUUUGUGAUUGCUGAAACAGGUUGGGGGUAAUUUGAUAUAAUCAUAAAAAUUUAUUUGAAAGGAGAUUAUGAUCAACCAUUAAUUGCAGUUCACCCUCUAAAAUUAUAUUAAAACUAAACAUAAAGCAUUCCUUUAACAAAAAAACCUGUUGUGAGUGAAUAAUAUGAUGAAAUCGUUUUUAUAAAUCCAAAAGUAAUUAAUUUACCUUAAUACAGCCUGAACUUUUAGAAAUCUUGAACUCUAAGCCAAAUUAGGAAAAUAAUUAAGUAGAGGAGGAAAUCUAAGUAGAUUAAAAGGAGCCUGAUUUUGAACAGAUGACUCCAGCAUAAAUCUUAAAAUACAAUCAAUCCAAUUUUACAGUUUUUGACAUCAAUGAAUCAAAAGCAACAAUCGAAAAAGCAAUCUAAAUUGUUAGUCAAGAUAUUUUAGCAGAUUAUAAAAAAAAAGUAAAGUGAUUAUUAAUAAUUCAGAAUCAUCAAUUGGAUACAGAAAUUUAAGAAUUGUAAAUUGAAUAUGAGAAUUUAUAAAACAAAUUAUCCCAAGCACAACAAUGA